AAGCUUCAUUACCGACAACUUUUGGAAGAUGGUGAGGACAUUUAUAGUAGUCCAUAUGAGAACAUGGCUCCAAAGGAUUGGCGUCACUUGAUCGAUGAUGUAUGGACCACCGACAAGCACAAGAGGAAGACAGCAGCCGAAAUAAAAAAUAGGGGACAGCUGGGUCUCGGUGGUCAUUGUUCGGGGUCUCGAUCAUUUGUUGCAGGGAUGACUACACCGCUGGAGGAUAAUGGAUAUGCAAACCUUGAAUUUCCAGAAUUCUAUGAGAAAAUGAAUACCAAGAAGGAUAAUACUUGGAUCGAUGAUAUUUGCGGUGCAAACCACGUAGUCAAAGAUGCUUAGCCAACGAGAAGAAUCUUCUCAGUCCGGUGUACAGUGGACACCCAAGGGGAUGUCUGGAGAUGUUCUUGGGAAGAGGAAGAGGUACUCUAAUACUUGCAUUUUGUAUACAUGCUUCAUUGGCAAAUAAGUGUUUUAUUAGUAAGUUGACUCAAUUUUAGUUCAAUAGAGCAAGUACCUAUAAAGACAGUCAUUUGGGAUGAGAAUAUAUUAGCUUGAUGAAAAUAUAAGUGUUCAUUUUGUAGGAGUGUGAGUACAGAGCUGGUGCUAAUUGUUAACGUAGAUAUGUUUCUUGUUUGAGGAUAUAAUUGGUUUGAGGGUAGGUUGUUUUAAUUAGUGGUGCUUGAGGAGCUAGGUUAUUACAAGUACAUACUUGGAUUUGGGGUCGGCUCAAAGCCCACUUCCUCUUCUUCGAAAACUGAUAUCGCAUCAUAGGCACGAGAUGAAGAACUGCAGAAUUAUAAAGCAAAUAUGGAGAAAAUAGAGAUGGAGCGUGAGGAGGAGAAGAGAGAGCGUGAGCAGAAGAGGAAGGAGCGUGACCAAGAGAGGAAAGAGAGUGAGGAAAAGAAGAGACAACGUGAGGAAGAAAGGAGAGAGUACGAGGCAGGGCAGAAGAAGAUGGCUGAUCGUCUACUUCUGUUGGAGGAAAAGACAAAAGCACAUAGUUCACCUACCCAUCGUGGAGGGCACUUCAUCACUUCCACUUCUACUGGGAGAGAGAGUGAGAAACAGAGGAGACAGCAAGAGGUGGUGCAGAAAAAUAAGGAAGAUCUUGUACUUAUAUGGCAGGAAAAUACAAAAGCAGUUGGUCAACGUACGUAUCAAUCAUGGAGGGCACAUCUCUUCCACUUCUACUGGUUGUAGGAGGGCACAUUGAUGGAUAAUGGUGAACUUCCCCACAGCUCGAGUAUACUUUUUUGGCACAUUGAUGCUUUUUGUUUGGACGACGAGAUCACGAUGAACUUCACAGCUCGAGUAUUACUUUUUGGCGUGUAGAUGCUUUUGGUUGGGAAUGCGACUAUUUGGAGAAGAACCUUAUAUAUUAUAUUACAAAGAUUUAGGUUAUUUCGAGGGUAUAUGUAUAAUACUGUGAUGGUUAUUGCACUAUGGUUAGGCAUAGUUGAAUAUUGUGUAUUAUGGCAAUGGUUAUGAUUUUGGAUUUUAUAUAUAUGAUGGUUAAAGCAUA